AUGUACGGAACAGCCCCCCAGACGGGCAUUAAUACCCCCCGGUCUUCUCAAUCUUUGCGUCCUCUCAUCUUGAGCCAUGGCUCGCUUGAAUUCUCGUUCCUCGUCCCGACCUCCAUUCACUUCCACGCCUCUCAGUUAAAAGACUCCUUCACGGCUUCGUUACCGGAACCAACAGAUGAGCUGGCUCAGGACGAUGAACCUUCGUCCGUUGCCGAGUUGGUCGCUCGCUAUAUUGGCCACGUCGCCCACGAAGUUGAGGAAGGCGAGGAUGAUGCCCAAGGGACGUAUCUGGAAGUCCUGAAAUUGGGUCUCAACGAGUUCGAGCGGGCUUUCAUGCGUGGUAAUGAUGUUCACGCCGUUGCUGCUGCUCUGCCCGGUAUCUCUGCAAAGCGUGUUGCUGUUGUCCAGGCCUACUACGCCGGCAGAGCUGCUGCCGGCCGUUCCACCAAGCCUUACGACUCGGCCCUCUUCCGUGCCGCCUCGGAGGAGAAGGCUAGCAUCUAUUCCGUAUUUGGGGGCCAGGGUAACAUUGAAGAAUACUUUGAUGAAUUGCGGGAGAUCUACACCACCUAUCCCUCAUUUGUGGAAGAUCUUGUCAACCCCGCUGCCGAACUGUUGCAGUCGCUCUCCCGUGAACCAGAGGCCAGCAAGUUGUAUCCCAAGGGUCUGGAUAUUCUGCGAUGGCUCCAGGACCGCGACUCCCAGCCCGACACUGAUUACCUGGUUGCUGCUCCCGUUAGCUUACCAUUGAUCGGUUUGGUUCAAUUGGCUCAUUUCACGGUCACCUGCAAGGUCUUGGGCCGCGAGCCUGGCGAGGUGCUCGAACGUUUCAGCGGUACUACCGGCCAUUCUCAGGGUGUCAUCACUGCCGCUGCCAUCGCCUCGGCCACCUCCUGGGAUUCUUUCCGCAAGGCUUCCCGGGAUGCCUUGACCAUGCUCUUCUGGAUCGGUCUCCGCAGCCAGCAGGCCUACCCCCGCACUUCCAUCGCGCCUUCUGUGCUGCAGGACUCGAUAGAAAAUGGCGAGGGCAAUCCAACUCCCAUGCUGUCCAUCCGUGAUCUCCCUAAGUCUGCGGUUCAGGAACAUAUCGAUGCUACCAACCAGCAUUUGCCCACUGACCGUCACAUCUCGAUCUCCCUGGUCAACAGCGCUCGGAACUUUGUCGUCACUGGUCCCCCACUCUCGCUCUAUGGUCUGAACCUGCGUCUUCGCAAGGUCAAAGCUCCCACAGGCUUGGACCAGAACCGGGUUCCCUUCACUCAGCGCAAGGUCCGCUUUGUCAACCGCUUCCUUCCCAUCACCGCCCCCUUCCACAGUCAAUAUCUGUCCUCGGCCUACGACCGCAUCCUGGAAGAUCUGAAUGCUGCCAAAAUUCAAAUUCCCGCCAAGACUCUCGCUAUUCCCGUUUACGGGACCCGCACUGGUGAGGACCUCCGGAGCUCCAGCGCCGACAACGACGUCGUCCCGGCCUUGGUUCGCAUGAUUACCCAUGACCCCGUCGAUUGGGAACAGGCCACUGUUUUCCCCAAUGCCACACACAUUGUCGACUUUGGCCCCGGUGGCAUCUCCGGCCUGGGCGUCCUCACCAACCGCAACAAGGACGGAACAGGCGUGCGCGUCAUCCUGGCCGGUGCCAUCGAUGGUACCAACGGCGAGGUCGGUUACAAGCCCGAGUUAUUUGACCGGGACGAGCACGCCGUCCAGUACGCCAUAGACUGGGUCAAGGAAUUUGGUCCCCGUCUGGUCAAGAAUGCCGCCGGCCAGACUUUUGUCGACACCAAGAUGAGCCGCUUGCUAGGUAUUCCUCCCAUCAUGGUGGCCGGUAUGACGCCCACGACCGUGCCUUGGGACUUUGUGGCGGCCACCAUGAAAGCCGGCUAUCACGUCGAACUGGCUGGUGGUGGCUACUACAAUGCCCAAUCCAUGACUGCCGCCAUCUCCAAGAUUGAGAAGGAAAUCCCGCCGGGACGGGGUAUCACCGUUAACCUUAUCUACGUGAACCCCCGGGCCAUGGCCUGGCAGAUCCCCUUGAUCGGGCGGUUGCGCGCGGACGGUGUGCCCAUCGAAGGCCUCACCAUCGGCGCCGGUGUGCCCUCCAUCGAGGUUGCCAACGAGUACAUCGAAACACUGGGCAUCAAGCACAUCGCCUUCAAGCCCGGUUCCGUCGACGCCAUUCAGCAGGUCAUCAACAUCGCCAAGGCCAACCCCAAGUUCCCCAUCAUCAUGCAGUGGACCGGUGGCCGUGGUGGAGGUCACCACUCGUUCGAAGACUUCCACCAGCCCAUCCUGCAGAUGUACACCCGCAUCCGGAGAUGUGAGAACAUUGUCUUGGUUGCCGGCAGUGGUUUCGGUGGCUCGGAGGACACCUACCCUUACUUGUCCGGAAACUGGUCGUCGCGGUUCGGCUACCCCCCCAUGCCGUUUGACGGCUGUUUGUUUGGAAGCCGCAUGAUGACCGCCAAGGAAGCCCACACCUCCAAGAACGCAAAGAAGGCGAUUGCUGACGCUCCGGGUCUCGACGACCAGGACUGGGAGAAGACCUACAAGGGCCCAGCUGGUGGCGUAGUCACUGUCUUGUCCGAAAUGGGUGAGCCGAUCCACAAGCUGGCCACUCGCGGUGUCUUGUUCUGGCACGAGAUGGACCAGAAGAUUUUCAAACUUGACAAGGCGAAACGUGUGCCCGAGCUGAAGAAACAGCGGAACUACAUCAUCAAGAAGUUGAAUGAUGACUUCCAGAAGGUCUGGUUCGGCCGCAAUGCCGCCGGCCAGGCCGUCGACCUCGAGGAUAUGACCUACGCCGAGGUUGUGCACCGGAUGGUGGAUUUGAUGUAUGUUAAGCACGAGUUCCGCUGGAUUGACGACUCUCUCAAGCGGUUGACAGGCGAUUUCAUUCGCCGGGUGGAAGAACGCUUCACCUCAGCUGAUGGCAAGCCGUCGUUGCUUCAGAGCUACUCGGAACUCAACACCCCCUAUCCGGCCGUGGACAACAUCCUGGCCGCAUACCCCGAAGCGGCGACGCAGCUCAUCAACGCCCAGGAUGUGCACCACUUGUUGCUACUUUUCCAACGUCGUGGCCAGAAACCGGUGCCCUUCGUGCCCUCGUUGGACGAAAAUUUUGAGUACUGGUUCAAGAAGGACUCGCUGUGGCAGAGUGAAGAUCUGGAAGCCGUCGUCGAUCAGGACGUCGGCAGAACAUGUAUCCUGCAAGGCCCGAUGGCCGCCCGUUUCUCCACUGUUGUCGACGAGCCGGUCCAGGACCUUCUGAACGGCAUCCACCAGGGCCACAUUGCGGAUCUGGUCCGGGAUGUGUACGGUGGUGAUGAGGCCCAGGUUCCCGUCAUCGAAUACCUGGGCGGGCAGCUUCAUGACUCGGACGAAGCAGACGCUGACGGCCUCACGAUUCUGGAAGAUGCGGGCAAGAUUACCUACCGGUUAUCCUCGGCCCCCACGGCUAACCUGCCGGAGCUUGACCACUGGCUGCGCCUCCUGGCAGGCAAAUCGUAUUCCUGGCGCCAUGCACUCUUCCAGGCGGACGUGUUUGUCCAAGGCCACCGUUUCCAGACAAAUCCCAUGAAGCGGAUCGCUGCUCCCACGCCUGGGAUGUACGUUGAGAUCACCAAUCCCACCGAUCUGUCCCAGACAACCAUCAGUGUGCAGGAGCCCGGCCAGUCGGGCAAGCUCAUCACGACGGUGGAGGCGAAGAUGAACGAGCAGAAGCAGGUCAGCUUGACCUUGCUCGAGCCACGGACGGCUGAGAACGGCGUGGUGCCUCUUACCUUCCUCUUCACGUACCAUCCGGAGGCCGGCUAUGCCCCCAUCCGUGAGGUCAUGGGUGACCGCAAUGACCGCAUCAAGGAAUUCUACUAUCGCGUCUGGUUCGGCAACAAGGACGUUCCAUUCGACACACCCAUCACGGCGACCUUCUCCGGCGGCCGUGCGACCAUUACUCCUCAGGCCGUUGCCGACUUUGUCCAUGCCGUUGGCAACACCGGUGAAGCGUUCGUCGACCGUCCAGGCAAGGAAGUCUUCGCCCCGAUGGACUUUGCCAUUGUUGCGGGGUGGCAGGCCAUCACAAAGCCCAUCUUCCCUCGCACUAUUGACGGGGAUUUGCUGAAGCUGGUCCACUUGUCGAACGGCUUUAAGAUGGUGCCAGGCGCGCAGCCCCUGAAGGUCGGUGAUAUCUUGGACACUACCGCUCAGAUUAACGCCGUCAUCAACCAAGACUCUGGCAAGAUGGUGGAGGUUUGCGGCACCAUCAUGCGAGAUGGUCAGCCGAUCAUGCAUGUCACCAGUCAGUUCCUGUACCGCGGUGCGUAUCUGGACUUCGAAAACACGUUCCAGCGCAAGGAUGAGGUGCCGAUGCAAGUUCACCUGGGCACUAGUCGGGAUGUCGCCAUCCUUCGCUCCAAGGAAUGGUUCCGUCUGGACGAGCCGGAUGUUGAACUCCUCGGUCAGACCUUGACUUUCCGUCUGCAGAGUCUGAUCCGGUUCAAGAACACAUCUGUCUUUAGUCAUGUCCAGACGGUCGGUCAGGUCCUUCUGGAGCUUCCGACCAAGGAGGUCAUUCAGGUUGCCUCCGUGGACUACGAGGCUGGGGACUCCCACGGAAACCCCGUCAUCGACUAUCUCGAGCGAAACGGCACGUCCAUCGAGCAGCCCGUCUACUUUGAGAACCCUAUCCCUCUGAGCGGCAAGACCCCUCUGGUUCUGCGAGCCCCGGCCUCGAACGAGACCUAUGCGCGGGUCUCCGGGGACUACAACCCAAUCCACGUCUCGCGUGUCUUCGCCAGCUACGCCAACCUUCCUGGUACGAUUACGCAUGGCAUGUACUCCAGUGCUGCUGUCCGUAGCUUCGUGGAAACCUGGGCCGCGGAGAACAACAUCGGCCGUGUCCGCGGUUUCCACGUCUCACUGGUUGGCAUGGUUCUGCCCAAUGACGUGCUUACCGUCAAGCUGCAGCAUGUUGGUAUGAUCGCAGGUCGCAAGAUCAUCAAGGUCGAGACGAGCAACAAGGAGACUGAGGACAAGGUUCUUCUGGGUGAAGCUGAGAUCGAGCAACCCGCCACGUCGUACGUGUUCACCGGCCAGGGCUCGCAGGAGCAGGGAAUGGGUAUGGAAUUGUACAACAAUAGUCCUGUUGCCAGAGAAGUCUGGGACCGUGCGGAUCGCCAUUUCCUGGAGAACUAUGGUCUUUCCAUCAUUGACAUCGUCAAGAAUAACCCUAAGGAGCUGACCGUCUACUUUGGUGGACCCCGUGGUAAGGCCAUUCGUCAAAACUACAUGUCGAUGACCUUCGAGUCCGUGAAUGCAGACGGCUCCAUCAAGUCCGAGAAGAUCUUCAAGGGAAUUGACGAGAACACUGCCUCUUACACCUACCGUUCGCCUGCCGGCCUCCUCUCGGCCACUCAGUUCACGCAACCCGCCUUGACGUUGAUGGAAAAGGCAAGCUUUGAAGACAUGCGCUCCAAGGGUCUUGUCCAAAGGGACAGCAGCUUUGCUGGUCAUUCGCUUGGUGAAUACUCUGCACUUGCUGCGCUUGCUGAUGUUAUGCCCAUUGAGAGCUUGGUUUCCGUGGUUUUUUACCGCGGUUUGACAAUGCAAGUGGCUGUCGAGCGUGACGAACAAGGCCGCUCUAACUACUCGAUGUGCGCUGUCAACCCUAGUCGUAUCUCCAAGACCUUUACCGAGCAAGCGUUGCAGUACGUGGUCGGAAAUAUUUCGGAGCAGACUGGCUGGCUUCUGGAAAUUGUCAACUACAACGUUGCCAACAUGCAGUAUGUCGCUGCCGGUGAUCUCCGUGCGCUCGACUGCCUUACCAAUGUUCUUAACUACCUGAAGGCUCAGAACGUUGACAUCCCGGCUCUUAUGCAAAGCAUGUCUUUGGAGGAUGUCAAGGCUCACUUGGUGAAGAUCAUCCAAGAAUGCCAAAAACAAACUGAAUCAAAGCCCAGGCCGAUUGCGCUUGAGCGUGGAUUUGCUACCAUUCCCCUUCGUGGAAUUGAUGUGCCCUUCCACAGCACCUUCUUGCGUUCCGGUGUCAAGCCCUUCCGGUCCUUCCUUCUCAAGAAGAUCAACAAAACUACGAUUGAUCCCAGCAAGUUGAUCGGAAAGUACAUCCCCAACGUCACUGCUCGUCCGUUCGAAAUCACCAAGGAGUAUUUCGAGGAUGUUUACCGUCUCACCAACUCCCCCAGGAUUGCUCAUAUCUUGGCCAAUUGGGAGAAAUAUGAACAGGAUACCGAGGGUACUACAACUGCUUAG